CGCUCUGUGCACGCGAUAGACAACGAAUCUAUUCCAAUCAACCUCGAUAGAUAGCGAGCGGGAAAGCGGGAAAGCGAGAGAGAGAGUGAGAGACUCUGCCCGAGAGAGGGGCGAGAGAUUGAGAAACAAACAAACAGAAAAAAAGACACCAGAAAGAAACGGAAAAAAGGAAAAUCAUAAGAAAAACCCGUCCCGUGGAGCCCCGUUUGGAUCGUCCAAGUCGCCAAGCAAGGGAGUGUAAACGCGUGCCCGCAGCAGCAGCUCCAUUUGCGGUGUCCUGUCAAAACGACUGAAAACAUACCUACACACACACACACUCACACAGUCACAGCACGCUCUCAAUCACGUCCCAAAACCCACCAGCGUGCGUGUGCGUGGUGUUGUGGGCGUCCCGAGUGGAGGGAGGCGCGUGCGCACACACCAAACCCUGCCGCUGCACCCCGUCGUUCGUGUGGCGGUGUUGUCCUCCGAAAAGAGAGGUGUGUGUGUGAGUGAGUGUGGUCCCGGUUUUUCACAAUCAAACACAAGGCAAACCCUGUCCGCGAUCAAUCAAAGAGCCACACAGCCCUCGGUGGUGCCAGUCGCGAUCAACAACACAGGACGACCGCGGUCCUGAAAAGGAGCCCACACCCCGCCACCCAUCCAACCCCCAGUUGCAGCUAUCUGCGCGUGUGUGUGUGCGUGUAAUGUGUACGUGUGACAAGCACGGGAUGUGUUAGGCUUGGAAAUUGGUGCGUUGUUUGCCGCUUCAGUGUCCGUCAUUACAGUGCAGUGAUUGUGUGAUUGUGCUUGUGUGUGUGUGUGACGAUGAUCACACGGGAAGAGGCGGUGGAAGUGGUUGCUCGGUAAAGCAAAAAAAAAAAAAAAUCUCGCCAAAAAAAGAAAAGAAAUAAGAAGCGAAUCCAAACCGACGGUGGUGUGUGUGUGUCCGCUGGGCGGCGGAUUCUCCGUCGUGGAGUGGUCAGUGCGUGCGUUGCGCGUGUGAAGAAGGUGGUGGAAGGCGUUUUAUGCUACAGCAUCAUGGCACCGGUGUCGCCGUGUGCAGCAGCGGCAGCAACAUCCACACCAUCGCGACCGUACCUGUGUUACUGUGGCUGGGCCCGUGCCGCUACCAGUGUUGCUGCUGCCUCGCUGCCGUGCCGCAGCAGUAAGACCUUGCGCCCGUCGUGCUGUUGAGCGGUGCUGAUCUGCCACCCACACCCACCUCACUCCCACAAAUUUCGCCCUCCCCUCACCCCACCCACCCCCCGGCUGGGUGGCGGCUGCUCCACGGGAGUGUGUGUGUGUGUGUGUGCGUGCGUGUGCGUGAGUUUAGUGAGUGUGAGCAGGAGGGAGAGAGAGAGAGAGAGAGUGUGUUGUGAAAGCAUCAAUCAAACAUUCGGUGAAACGCCGUCCGAAAAAAAAGACAUUCUUUGAAUAGACACACACGCACCUACAAGGACUAAUUGUGUGUGUGUGUGUGUGUGUGUGUGUGUGUGUGUGAAAGCAGGAGAAGCAAGCAGCGCGGAAGACCCCAGUGCGGAAGAUCGCGUACCGUGGUGUGGUCCCGGUCGAGUGAUCCAUCCCGCAAGCGAAAAGCGAGAGCCGGGCGGGCAGCAGGACGACGAGCCACAGUGGUGACCCGUGAACGCCGUGUGCGCGUGUGUGCUCGAACCGCCCCGCCCCUGGAACACGAAAUAUGGAGCGGUUUCUGUCGCUGCUACUGCUGUGCUACGCUCUGUACCAGAAGUUCGAUGGCGUCGUCAGCGAUCAGGUGGUAUUGCUGGACACUACGAAGGAGGCGACGCUGGAGUGGACCCGCUACCCUUACGGACCGCAGGCACAAACGCCCGGGUGGGUGGAAGAGUCGUUUACCAACUUCGUGAAGGGUAUCAACUGGCGCAGCUACGUGGUGUGCGACGUGGCGUACAACAACGUGAACAACUGGCUGUGGUCGCCGUUCAUCGACCGCGGCCCGGCCAACCGGCUGUACAUCGAGAUCCACUUCACCAUCCGCGACUGCUCGCUCUUUCCCGGCAACGCGCUGUCGUGCAAGGAAACGUUCAGCCUGCUGUUCUACGAGUUCGAUGCGGCGACGCGCGAACCGCCGCCCUGGCAGCCGGAAAGCUACAAGCUGAUCGGGCGCAUCGCGGCGGGCGAGGGCCGCUUCAACCAGAACUCGGACGUGGACAUCAACGUGGAGGUGAAGAGCAUCGCGGUGACGAAGAAGGGCGUGUACUUUGCGUUUCGCGACCAGGGCGCCUGCAUCAGCGUGCUGGCGGUGAAGGUGUACUACAUCACCUGCCCGGCGGUGACGGUCAACUUUGCGCACUUCAACGAGACGCCGACCGGGCGCGAGGUGACGAUCAUCGAGCAGCAGAUGGGCGUGUGCGUGGAGAACGCGGAAGCGUACGAAACGCCGACCUACCUGUGCAAGGGCGACGGCAAGUGGACGAUCCUGACCGGCGGGUGCCGGUGCAAGGUCGGGUACGAGCCGGACGCGGAGAAGCAGACGUGCAACGUCUGCCCGGUCGGCAAGUUCCGGUCUGCGGAGGUGCGCACCUGCACGAUCUGCCCGCUCAACUCGAAGACGAACAAGGUCGGGUCGCCGUACUGUCCGUGCCUGAGCGGGCACUAUCGGCAUCCGCGCGACGGCAAGCACAUGCCGUGCUACAAGCCGCCCGGGCCGCCCACCAACCUGACGCUGCUGUUCAUCGACCAGACGAGCGCGAUCCUGUCCUGGAACGCGCCGCAGCGGGCCGCCGACGAGCAGCUGGACAGCAAGUUCCGGAGCGACAUCGUGUUCCGGGUGCGGUGCGCCGCCUGCACGUCCAACGUCGUCUUCAACCCGUCGAGCGAAACGUUCAACGAUACGAAGCUGACGCUCACCAACCUGGAGCCGGUCACGACCUACACGGUGCAGGUGCACUCGCAGCACGGCGUCUCCUACCCGAUCGUGGCCCCGGACCUGGGGGCGGGCGGUGGUUUGCACGGCGGUGGUGCGGGUGGCGCCGCCGGACUGUACGAGAACGGCAGUGCGGUGGUGGCGGGCGGCACCGGGUACCACGCGACCGAGCCGCCGAUGGUGGUGAUGGUCAAUGCACGGGCCGGCGGGCCCGGCUCGUCGUCCGAUCUGGACGACAUCAAGACGGAGUUUGCCGAAAUCACGUUCACGACCGAGUCGGCCAUCCUGAGCACGGUGUUUAACGUCAAAGUGGUGCAGAUCACGAACAAGGAGGUCGACCUGGUGUGGGACAAACCGAUCCACAGCGACUCGCCGAUCGAGUACUACGAGGUGCGGUGGUUCCCCAAGUCGGAGGUGGACGCGAUGAACAAGUCCGUGCUGAGCACCAAGGAGUCGAAGGUGCACAUCGGCGACCUGCUGGAAAACACCGAGUACGGGUUCCAGGUCCGGUGCAAAACGCUCAACGGCUGGGGCACGUUCAGCAACAUCGUCUACGCCCAGACGCACCAGAGCGUCAGUCCGGUGUACGAUGACUCGUUCCAGAUGCGUAUCGUAGCGGGCACUACUGUGACCGUCGUGUUCAUUUUGGUAUUGGUGAUCGUUAUAACGGUGGUGUUCCUGCGCUCGAAGAAUCACGACGAGAUAGACAAGAAAACGAACAACCAUCUGCCCUUGCCGAUGGAUUACGCGAGCAACGAAGUUCACGCAAUGGACACGACCCCGAUAGUCAAAACGAUGAAGAGCAAUGGUGGCUCAUACGGGUAUUACCGUCAACGUCGUAAUAAUUUUGCAGUGACCACGCCGCUGUUCGGUACCAGCCGGAGCUACGUCGAUCCGCACACGUACGAGGACCCGAACCAGGCGAUACGCGAGUUUGCCCGCGAGAUAGACGCGAGCUACAUCACGAUCGAGGCCAUCAUCGGUGGCGGCGAGUUCGGGGACGUGUGCCGCGGCCGGCUGAAGGUGCCGCCGAACUUUGUGCAGGAGAUAGACGUCGCGAUCAAGACGCUCAAGCCGGGCUCGUCGGAGAAGGCGCGCUGCGACUUCCUGACCGAGGCGUCCAUCAUGGGCCAGUUCGAGCACCCGAACGUGAUCUUCCUGCAGGGCGUGGUGACGCGCUCGAACCCGGUGAUGAUCAUCACCGAGUACAUGGAGAACGGCAGCCUGGACACGUUUCUGCGCGCGAACGACGGCAAGUUCCAGACGAUACAGCUGAUCGGCAUGCUGCGCGGCAUCGCGGCCGGCAUGACCUACCUGAGCGACAUGAACUACGUGCACCGGGAUCUGGCGGCGCGGAACGUGCUGGUCAACUCGCUGCUGGUGUGCAAGAUCGCCGACUUCGGGCUGUCGCGCGAGAUCGAAAACGCGAGCGACGCGUACACGACGCGGGGUGGCAAGAUACCGGUGCGCUGGACGGCGCCGGAAGCGAUCGCGUUCCGAAAGUUCACCUCCGCGUCGGACGUGUGGUCGUACGGCGUGGUACUGUGGGAGGUGAUGUCGUUCGGCGAGCGGCCGUACUGGAACUGGUCGAACCAGGACGUGAUCAAGAGCAUCGAGAAGGGGUACCGGUUGCCGGCCCCGAUGGACUGCCCGGAGGCGCUCUACCAGCUGAUGCUCGACUGCUGGCAGAAGCAGCGGACGCACCGGCCCACCUUCGCCAGCAUCACGCAGACGCUCGACAAUCUCGCGCGGCAACCGCAGGUCCUGCUGACGACGCGCAACUCGCCGGACAACCCGGUCGCCCGCAUGGGCACGGCGGCCGGCGGCGUCGGCGACGAUCUCACGCAGGAAAUGCUGGCGGCGGCGGCGGCGGCAGCCGCCGCAGCAGCAGCAGCAGCAGCCGCCGGUAGCGGCGGUAUGGUCGGCGUGAUGGGUGGCACCUCCCAGCAGCAGCAGCAGCAGCAGCAACAGCAGCAGCAACAGCAGCAGCAGCGAGCCGCCACACUGAUGAUGGGUGGCGGCAGUGGCACCAGCGAGCGCGUGCUCAACACCGGCAGCAGCAUGACGAACGUGCCCGGCUCGAUGGGCACGCUCGGCUCGACGGUGGGCGGGAUGAGCAACACCGGCACGAUGUCCGGGCCCGGCAAUCCGGGCAUCUUCAUCAGCACCGACCUGUGGCUGGAGGGCAUCAAGAUGUCGCGCUACUCGCAGCACUUUAAGGAGGCCGGUCUCGUCACGGCCCAGCAGCUUUCGCGGCUAACGGCUCAGCAGCUCAGCGACAUGGGCAUCACGCUGGUCGGGCACCAGAAGAAGAUACUCCACCAGGCCCGGCAGAUCGAUACCAUCAUCUAAAGGCGCGCAUCCAGCAAACCGUUACACACCACCACACACAAACAAACACACAUACAAACACAGUUCCAGACCGAUCAUUCCGUGCCCGCGCGCACACACCCACACAGAACCCGACGGGGGAAGAGCAAACCGCAGUAAAGCGGGCGGCGACGGGGCGCCACGUUCACAGGGGCUCAAGCACACUCAUAGGACGUUGUUAAAAUAGGGUCGCUUCAAGCAAGUGCACAGCGCGCUUGGAAUCCAUUUUCUAGCCAAAGCGGUGUUUAUUAUUGCAAAUUCCAUGAUCUCUCUUGUGGAGCUGCUCUAUGUCAUUCUAUGCUUUUCUUUUAUGCGAAGCUCGAAUUUUAGCGUUAUUUUAUUGUGUUAUCGGAUACCAAAAGGCACCUCUCAUGGACGCCUGUAGGAUUUGUAUUUUUUGGUAAUAUUUUUGCUUCUUUAUAUUGAUUGAAGCUCUUAAAUUUGUACUACGAAAAUUAAUUGCCGUUUAUUUAGUCAAAGUGUAAAUGUUAAACGUAAUAUGAAGUUGAAAAAAACUCUGUGUAUCCAUGACAGUACCAUUAAAAUGAUAAGAAAAAAUAUCAUUUUAUUAGUGAUUCAAAUCAAACCUAGCCUUCAAUAAGUAGAGAAGCAUCAACCACGGUAGCAGCCACCAGCAGAGCAAUCAGGGAAGUGUAGGUAACAUCGUUUUGAUAAGAAGAUUCGAUUUUCAUCCGCCAGGGGAACGCGCAUUUUGGCGCGAACGAAUACUCACAUCAUCCAACGACACGAAUACUCACAAACCUCAGCUCUCAGCAGCAUUGGCGUGCCAAACAAGGCGCCCAUCCUGUUACUAGCCAUAUAUAUAUGUGUAUAAAAUAAGAACGACGACUGCGACCCAGCGAGCGUGGUGUGAUUGUGCCCUACUUUCCCCCUCCCCCCUCGCGCCACAGCCUACUUCAAAAUGCGCGCGGAAAAGUGUGGUGCGUGUGUGUGCGUGCGGCUUAGUUUUGUUUUCAAUUUUUAUGUUUUAUCUUAUACGGGGAUUGUUUUUGUUUUUUACUGUCCACUCUCUCACAAACGGCCGCCAGGGCCAACCGCAUUUAUAGUUACGGAAAAAUAGCUACGCCGCGAGCCCCCCGCGUCCCGGCAAGCGUAUUUCGCAUUUAAUAUGGAACAUGAAGAAGAAGAAGAAGAAAAACAAAAAAAAACUGAGAGACAAGUAAGGGUCGUAGUAGGCAGCAUCCCUCGACCGCUCGAUGCACAGGCCCGAUGGAGGGGGACGUUUAGGUUUUUUUUUUUUAUUUUAACGCAAAGAGAAAAGGCUGCUGCUUUCCUUUGUCCUGUUCUGUGUUCUUUCGUUUUUCUUUCUUUCUUUCUUUCUUUUUAGUUUUUGUUCAAACUAGUACGUGCUCUCAGUGAACUUGUGUUACUUAAGCGUUGGCAUUUUUUUUAUUUUAAAUUAUACCUACUUAUACAUAUAUAUACAUAUACAUAUACAUACACAUAUACAUAUUAGCUGGUAUUUGAAGUCCUUUUGCAAUAGCAAAAAAACAAACAAACAAACAAAAAAACCCAUUGCGGACAGAGACUGACUUCACUGACUGAAGGGAAGGUGUAGAAGAAGACGAUGGAACGAUGGGAAAGCGUGUGUACUAUAUUUUUUAGUAGUGGAGUGGAAUAGCAGGCUGGGAAAGAAGUUGUGCGAGAGAGUAGUUUUAGCCUGCGAGGUGGGGUGCAACCGGUAAGAGCAGAUCUGAACAGUAACAGUAUGACAACGUGGACGUGUGUGACUGGAUGAAGGAGGGAGUAGAGGGAAUCCAUGUUAUCAGAGAGAAAAAGAAAGAGAGAGAAUGAUAGAGAAUGAGAGAGAGAGCGAGAGGGGGAAGGUGGUUACAUCAACAAUGUGAUUUUUAUACUCUGUAGUAAUUAGGUAGUCGGCUUUUAAUUUCAGAAUAUUAUUUUUUGUUUUUUAUUUUAUUUUAAAUGUUAGUUUCGUAAGCGCCCGCCGAACAACAGCAAACAAAAGCAAGAACAAGAACAGAAUGGUGUGUCCUCUCUCACACCCCCCCCCCCCCGUGUGUGCGCUUUCGGGAUGGUCUCGGGCGCGCUACAUCAGUGACCAGUGAUUGCAAUGCGGUUGUGUCCCUCACGACCCACAGCCGUGUUUGUUUUCUUUUUUUUUUCCUCACACGCUCACAGUGCUGUGGCGCCCGACAUCUUGGAGAGGGGAGAAAAAUGAAAUUGGGAGAACAAACAACAACCAAUCCCACAGAGUGGGGGGGCGAUGGGGGAGCGAAAGCAAAUCGGCCUUCCCUCUUUGCGCAUUUUCGUUGUGUACAGAAGCAUAUGUGCAUGUAUUUUAAUGCCCCUUUUUUUAAACUGUAUUUUUUAUACGCAUUUUAAAUAUAAAUAUAUGUAAUUCCAGGCAAGGAAAUGCUGUCACUGCGAGAAUGGGGGGGAAAAGGGACGCAUCUCGAUUACACACAUUCACACAAUCCUGUUUUACAGCGAAUCAGUGAGCCACACGAUCAUCCAGGCGGAUGGGGUUGAGGGUAGGAGUAAAGUGGGUGUAAGUGGGUGGUUUUUGCUACACGCGAGAGGUUGCUUGUGCGGUUUCUUGUCGUGUAAGGAAUAGCUUAAUUGUUCAUUUGUGGACGUCUCUGUGGGAGCGAGAGAGAGAGAGAGAGAGGAUUCCAAACGGGAGGACAAACUGUUACCUUCUUAACAGAUGCUCGUUUGGUACCACCGAUCUCUCCAUCCUCUCCCCCCCCCCUCCACCUCUUUCGCAAUCCAAUUCAGUGAUUAUGCCCAAUAAUCGUAGCGUACGCAACACAUAUCUCCGGAAGUUAAAUAUGGUCCGCAUUGGUUUACAGUUUGUUCGUUUCGGUUCGAGAAGAGGAGCAAAGAAACACAGCAACCUGAGAGGAAGGGGAUGGCGGGCGUGUCGAACGAUGGCUCGAAUUUCGGUACCGGAAAUAUUUAAUUUUAAAAGACCCGCCGAGGAGGGAAAUCACGGUCAGGCAGUAGGGCGUGCGUAGGGACAAAAGAAAAAGAAGAAAAUCACACAACAAACAAACAGGUGAAACAAAAAGGAAGAAUAAAAAAGACACACACAAACACACCUACACGCAUUUAAUGGUAAAACGAACGAACUGCGCAAUAGUGUAAAAUAACAAUCAUAAUAGUGGUUUCGUUAAUGACGUCAGAUAAGAUUGAAUAUUAAUAUAAAGGAUAGCAAAAAAAACGAGUAAAGACAGAAGAGAAAGGGAGAGAUAUACACACGGCACAGAUUUGGAACUAUAUAUACCCCCCCCCCCUGGAUGCUGGUAGCGUUGGGAAACGUGCCAAGCAAGCGAAACAAAUAAACUAGAACACAAGAAAAAAAACAAACAAACAAAUAUAUACCGAACACACAAACACAGACAAACUACAGCAAAAACGAAUAGCCUGUAAAUAAGAAAUAGUAAUACAAGAACGAGAAGAACAAAACAAAACAAAACAAUGAAUCUGUAUUUGAAUUAGUCGUUAAACAUGACAGCAAAAAUAAACAAAAUCAGAGCAUAAGAAAGAUAAAGUAUAUAUGUGUGUGUGCGUGCGUGUAUGUGAAAGACAGAGAGAAAGAGAGAGAAAAGAGAGAGAGAGAGAGAGAGAGAGAGAGAGAGAGAGAGAGAGAAAGCCGAACAGUGAAACGAUGAAUAGCAACAAAACACAGAAAUCGUACAAAAGACACAAACACACACACACACUGAGGAUGGCCAUGGAAAAAAGAGCAGCGGGGGCAGCAAAUCGUUUGGUAGCUCUCCCUUUUCCCUCCCCCCUAUUCCACUGGGGUGGAGUGGGUGGGGGAAAAAAUGCAGAAAAACGGUGGCAAAAGCAAUGUGGAAUGCAAUUAAAGAACAAUAAUGUGUUUCGUCCAUAGCGAGUCAAGUUUUUUCCUCAUAUCGUGUAACGUUAGAAACCGUUGUGCAACCAGAAAGUGUGAAAGAAACCACCAUCACUACUACCACCACCACCGCAACGCGAGAAAAUGGUUCCCCUCGUUUGAAGCGUCUCCAGAGAGAAUUUCUCUCUUUUGAAAAAAAAAAAAUGGAAACAAGUAAACAAAUAAAUAAAACAAGUGGGACGGCAGAGGACCCACUGGAGCGAGAAUAGUGGAUCGAGCUUGGCAGCAAUUGCAAAACAAAACAAACUUAUCUUAUUCGUUAAGGCAUCGUGUGGAUGUGUGUUGCGUAUGUGGUAGUUACAUCAUCCUUUUGCCGUUCGCGUGCUUUCGAAAUGCGCUUUUCCCCCCUUUUCUGUCGCCAUGACUGUGUGGCGUAUGUAGUGUAUUUUCUGUUUCUUUUAAAUGUGCCUGGUUUUGGUUUAAAAAAAAAAUCGCUAAAAUGCUGGAAGAUGGCUCACGAACCCACCAGCAAAAUCUCCACUCAACACACAGGUGUCUGAUACGAAGGACGUCCCUUAUGUUCCCUCUCGCGCGCGCCGUAUGUUCCAGUUUUCGAUUUGUCCCUGUUUGUCUAUUGUUUUCUGUGUUUUUUGUUGUUGUAGUUGCUUUGAUUUGAGAAGGUUCGACUUAGGUUAGGAUGUUGAAACAUAAUCCCCCAUCCCCUUCCCUCCCGCUGUGUGUAUUCUUCUCCGCGAAGUGUAAAUGCCGAACCGGACAGGUGUGUAACGCUGUGUGGUACACUGCAACCAUCGAGAACAAAACAAAAAAAACAAACCCGCACCUGCCGAAACAUGUGCGCAGGAAGAAGGAUGUGCAAAGGAUGCAAAAAAAGAGAAAGAGAGACAGAGAGAGAAAGAGAGAGAGAGAGAGAGAGAGAGAGAAAAAAUACGCCAAUAUAUGAUAAGACUGUAAUUUAUAGCAAUACCGAACCCCCCCCUUCCUGUCUGUAGUGUGUUGGGCUAACGUUGUGGUUUAAAAAAAUAUAGAGCAAGAAAUAAAUAGCAAAAGAGAGAAUAAAAAAGCGCCAUACAGAGAGGAAUAACAUCACAAAAUCAACCAAUAAAAUACAAAAGUCACAAGUGAACGUGGCGCUUUGUUUUUUUUUGCAAAAAUACAAAAGAUCUCUCUUUCUUCACUCUAGCUAGAACUGGUUUUAUAAGCGAAUGUUUUAUGUUUUUUUUUGAAAAUGCAGCAAGAAAAGUGUAGCAAUCCUUCGCCGCUCUUUCGUACCGCCCCUGCCUACCUUGCCUAUUCGUUUGCUUUCCCCGUUCCCGGUUAUUGUAAAUUUGUUUAAAAAAAAGAAGCCAAACUUUGUCACGCGCUGUUUUGCCCUGCGAGGAUUGCCAACCCAGAGCUUAUGGUUCUCAAUUUCUGCACAUUAUUGCACUAAAAUGGAGGGCAAGAGGGUGCGGCUGUACCCUUAGCAUUGGAGGGGGACGCUGAGAAGUUUUAAAAGUAGGACAAAAGCGGAAGGUGGAGAAUAAAUGAAAAAAACAAAACAAAAAAUACAUCCCAACCGUUAGAGUAAAGAAAGUUGUAACUGAACACAACGCAAAACGAAACGCAAAAUAAGAAAGCAAAGGAGAAGUAUUAAAUUUACAUACAAUUUUGGGGAUACAAACAGGACAAAAAAAACACAAACACACACACACACACAUAGAAAGAGAGAAAUGUGCGUAUAAGGAGUGUAGCAAUCAGAAUGAUUCGUGAAGCGGGGUAAUUGCACUAAUGAUACAACACACUACUUACACAUCGAACGGAGCGCGAAGCAGAAACAGAAAAAAAGAACGAACACGAGGAAAAAGAAAGGUGGAAAAAAUAUUGAACAUUUAUAGAGCAGGAAGGUAUGGGGGUGUAUGGAAGAGAAGAGAGUAUUUCUAUAUUAAAUUACUAGGCAAUUAAACACAUUGACGAACCACAAUUCAUACGUACAUGAAGUUAAGGAAUAACAUUAAAAGCAGCAAGGGGGAGCGCGAAAUAUGCAUUCACAGAAAGAAAAAGAAAAACAGAACAAACCAAUACAAAGAAGAAAAAAAGAAGAAGAAGAAGAAGAAACAACUUAUAAAAGAAAAAAAAGAAAAACAAAAUAUGAAAUAAGCAAAAACACUACAACAUGCAAAACAUCAAGUCCCUCCCUCCGAUUUAGCAAAAGAAAAACAAAGUUGCAUGUAAGAGAGAGAGAAAAACAACAUACACAUAAAGCGAGAGCAAAAAAAAAAUGUUUCAGUGUUGCCACACAAUUGAUUCCUUUGAUCGCUAUUUGAUGCAUUCCAGUGUCCAGAGAAGAUAAAAACAAUGCGGGACCCCGACCUCUUCCAGCAAUAGUGCAGUUCAUUGUCUGCGUUCACGUUGCAAACGGAUGUAGCUGGCAACGGUUGAAAAGCAGGACGUAACUGCAAAAAGGAAGCAGCAAAAGUGUCCCCAGAAGCUGGGAUGGACGCAACAUUAUUACAAUAUAAAUGACACAAAAACACAAUCAUCGUUUUAAAAGCAAACAAAUAAUGUGAAGUAUAGUAAAACAUGGUGGUGAAAAACAUGAAAAAAGGUGAAAGCAGAUGAAGAAAUGAAGCAGAAAAUAAUAAUAAAAAAAACGAAACAAAUAUGCGCAAUUUUCUCAGUGUAAAAGGUGUAAACGUUUGUUGGGCAAAACGAAAACAAAAAAUAAAAACAACAAAACAGAUUCAUUUUAGCACGCCUAGGAUUAAGAGAAAGAGAGAGAGAGAGCAAGAGAGCAAGAUAGUGAACAAAAAAAAAAAAAAAAACAAUAGAAAAGAAAAGCAAUUUGUUGGUGAAACGAAAGGACAAACACACAUUAAAAGAGAAACAAAUUUAAUCAAAGGCAGUGUGUGGCCAUGCGGGGCCAUCGCCCUGUUGUGCCGCGGAGCAAGCUGGAGACGCACCCCCUUCUUCUUCCUUGCGGAAAUGAGGCUCAUCAUCCCCAUAAUAAGCCCUGCAGCAGAUAACAAGAGAGAGACACACAAAAAAAAAACAAAACAAAAACAAACACAAAAACAACAAUAAUUCGCAAAUAGGCGCGCACAUCCCUCGAAACACAGCACCACUCGAAAGGCGUCGCGGAGCGCGGAAAGGAAAAUCAGAAGCAAAGGCGGUAGAGCAGACGACGAACCUCCCGCACGGCACAAGUAACGCUCGUUCUCUUCGAGCAUCCCAAGGUGUUCCUUCACGUUUUGUUUUGCAAUAGCUGCUAUACAACAACACACACACACACAGACACACAUAUAUACACACGGUGGUCAGGGGCAGGUCGAUAGCUGCUGUGUACCGUAAUAUCCUAACAUCACUCAAACUCGAACGAAAUCACAUUUUAUAACUGUUUCGUUGGUUUGUUUGCCACUCUUGUGCCGCUGAUUUUCCUUUGCCGUGUGCUGCGCACGUGUGUGUGUAUGUGUGUGCAACAGUAAAAAACCAACCCAGCUGCAGAGCCAUGCAAACAAACAAAUAGUAAAGCAAACACAAGUCUUUGAAACAACAGCCGGAAAAAGGGCAAAUCAAACAGGAUAAUUAGCAAACCAACCACCCCUCCUACACACAACACACGCUCGCACACACCUAAGCAAGGAAUGCGCAUGUGUGUAUGUGUGCGUGUGAGUAGGAGGUGGUGCAUUGGGCUGGGUUACGGUUUAUCUGUAAAUAUAUGUAUAAACAAGCUAAUGAAAUAGAAUCGACACAAAACCGGCGGGGGGAAUAAUGCGUUUAAGGAAUGGGGGAUUAAAAAACUAGUGGAGCUAAAUAUAGAGAAGGAAGUGUAAAAAAAAAGGAGAAUGAAGCUUUGAAUGGAUGAGUAAAAAAGCAACAGAGAGAGAGACAGAGAGAGAGAGA